AUGCGAAACUGCGGGGCUGCCUUCUUCAGGAAGCGACUCUUUAGCUGGGCCGCUGAAGUUGCCAUUCAGGAUCAACAGCCACAGCAAGUUUUGCAGGAAGUGUAUCGGCUUCAUGGAGAUUGGUUGUUUUCGAAGAAUAUGCCUGAGAGGGCAGUAGAAAUGUACAUCAAGACAAUUGGGUGUGCUAUGCAGCAACACACUCUGCUCUUUUUCAAGUGCACUGCCAGGCUUAAGGACGAUUCCCUCCUUGCCAGCUUUUUAGAAGACCCGCGCAUCAGCAAGACCUGUUCCCUUACGGUUGCACUUAACGGAUGCCGACUGAAUGGAGACACAGAACUCGCGUGUACAAUAGCCAGUCGCCAUGGAUAUCAUGAUGAGCAUCUAUCGUUGCUUUUGGAGACCCAGAAUUUCAGAAAGGCAGUGGAGGUUUUGAAGCAAGUGGAUGCGCCGACAGCGUGCUCGCUUUUGCUAAAGCACGGCAGCAGCCUUCUUCGACACAGCGCAACUGAUGUUUUUCUUCUUCUCAGUCAAUUUAUAAAGGACUACCACACCAGCGUUGAAGUCUUUAUUCCGCUGUUUGUUGAUGAUUCCGACCUGUUGUUACUGUUCCUCUCCUCGCUGGUGCAUGGGGUAACAGUGGCAAGACGCUUAGUCCCGCAGCAUGAGGCCCUCUGCAAUGACUUAAAACUGCAAGAGGCAAUAGAAGAGGCGAGGAUCUAUGAGCAGAUUAUCUGUGGUCGUUCAGGCAAAUGGCGUGCAACUCAUCACCCUGCCCUAGACAACACUGGUGUAGCCAGUUGCCUGUCCGAGGAGCGCGGGUGUCUCCAGGGCAAGGACUCUGGUGGCAAAGUUCCCGAUGUUUCUUCUCUGUACACUGAAAUACUCCUGAAAACUCUUAAGAGCCGACCCAUGCGACAUCGUCUACUGCCGGCGCUGACGGUGUUGGAGGUCCUGCAACAGAGCCCAGCUGUUACGCUGGAUGCUGUCAAGGACUACUUCCUACGAGCGAGUGAUGAUCUCAGCGAGCAACUGGAACAAUCUCAGGCGCUGCUGCAAAGCGACAGGGCCGAAGUUUCGCUUAUGGCGGAGGAAAUCGAGCGCUACAAAAGUAAAGCCCAGGUGUUUGAGUCGGAACGAUGCGACUUUUGUUUCCUCCCAAUUGAGCUACCUUCCAUCCACUUCCGCUGUGGCCACUCGUUUCACAUAUACUGCUUGAGCAACAACAGCGACAACAAAGCCGGGAUUCUCCAAGCGGACGGAUUGUCGCACGAAUCGUACUGUUGUGCUAUCUGCACUCCACAGUUUAAUGCCAAGCGAUUGCUGCUUUCACAAAGGGAAGCAGAGGCAUGUAACACUGACGAUUUCUUCAAGUUCCUUCGAGGAUCAACAGAUGGGUUUGAUUUUAUCUUGAGUUGUUUUGGCCGAGGCUUGUUCCCAUCACGGCUGAAGAAGAUUGGACUUGUGACGAAAGACAUGACAGGUCUGGAUCCCCUUAUUCGGAGUUACGCUUGCGCGGGAACUAACAUUGUUGGAGACUUACUGGCAAGUCUCGAGCCCGCCGAACUUCCGCUGGAAUAA